UCCCUUUUCCUUAUCUUACAAAAUAUUUACAAAAAAUAGUCCCCUUUAUGAUUCUGAUUUUAGAAAUGAAUAAAUCUUUGAAUUGGUGAAAUAGUAAUAAACUAGAGAGAGACAAGAGCUAGAGAGAGGAAGGAGGAGGUGAUGGGGAGAGUGUUUCUGGUGGAAUUGGAUGGCAAAGCUUACCGCUGUAGAUUCUGUGAUAGCCCUUUAGCUCUUGCCGAAGAUGUUCUGUCUCGGUCAUUCAGUUGUCGCCAAGGGAGAGCAUAUCUUUUUGAAAAUGCGGUAAAUGUGACUGUUGGACCUGAAGAAGACAGGCUAAUGAUGUCUGGAAUGCAUACUGUUGCAGAUGUGUUUUGUUGUGGAUGUGGCCAACUUCUUGGCUGGAAAUAUAUGGUAGCUCGUGACAAAAACCAAAAGUACAAAGAAGGGAAGGUGGUUCUUGAAAGAUGGAGGAUAACUGAGGAUUCGAGUGAGGAGUUUAAUCUCGAUGCUCGUCAAAAUUCAAGUGAUCCAGAAUACCCUUAGUAAAACUUAUCACAGUUAAAUUAAAUUGCACAAGAGAACUAGGGGAACAGAAAAUGGGAACGGGAUCAUUGUACAUAUUUGUGUAUUCGUGCAACACUUUGAGACAGUUAGAAUUUCAUCUUUUACUAGUAGUUGUACUAGUAGUUAUAGCCAAACAAUGUUAGAAAUAUACUCCUUCCAUUAUCUACCUUCAUACCAAGCAAGGCUUAGCCUAGUGGUAUAAGCUUGGCCUUGUAACCUCAAGUUUAUGGGAUCAAACGUCGUUAAGGAUUUUUUGGUGGUAAUGAUUCUCUUAUAAUAA